GUCGAUUACCGAUCCCACAUUACCUGAAAGAAAGAAGCGCAGCAGCUCUUGUCGCUAGAGAAUGAAACCACGCAAAGGCAAAACGGAUGUACGAUGACAAAUAAGGCUGGUCGCGUAUGGACCGAAGGAUGCAAAAAAUGGAAUAGAAGUAUUCAUUCUCGCGAGUUCAUAAAUGCAUUAGCUGUAUGUCGCGGCUAAAUUGAAUUUACUGGGACAUGACCAUUAGCUUGAUGCCACUAUAGCUAUCAGAGCCCGCGUCGCUGUAUUGAAAAGUUGUGCCUGGUUACGCCAACGGAAAUUGUACAUAGGUGCCGGAAUUACUGCUUGGAAACUUUAAAACUAGGUUGUGUACCGGAUACACGCUGUGCCUCUAACAGGCAUCUGGAUCCAAGCGACAGUCAUGAAGGUUCCUGCAUAGUAGUUACAGACACGACGUCAUAGUGGACACAGGCACCAUGGAGCCUUACACUGAGACCCAAAACGAACCGGACAAGACUCUGCACCAUGCCGAGAUCAGGGACCCCCCUGCAACAUCAACUGCCUUAAUGCCCAGUGACGAUGCCCAGCUCCUGACCCCGGGAAGGAUGAGUCAGAGGGGGAAGGAGAGCCUGCAGGUGCCUGGCAGAGACCUCCUGAGCAGCCCCUCCGCCAGCCCCGGGGGCAAUUACGGCCAUGGAUUUGAUCGAGGGAAAGAUGACGUCUCCCAGCUCAAAGAAGACCCCUCCAGUUCGAUAUCCAAAAGCAAGUCAGAGACAAAGCUCUACAAUGGGUCUGACAAAGACACUGCAGCCUCCGGGAGCAAGCUCACCAAGAAGGAGUCCCUCAGGGUCCAGAAGAAGAACUACAGGGAGGAGAAGAAGCGUGCUACCAAGGAGCUGCUGAGCACCAUCACGGAUCCGUCCGUCAUCGUCAUGGCCGACUGGCUCAAGAUCCGGGGCACGCUGAAGAGCUGGACCAAGUUGUGGUGUGUGCUGAAACCAGGCGUGCUGCUCAUCUACAAGACGCCCAAUAAGGGCCAGUGGGUGGGCACCGUGCUACUGGGCGCCUGCGAGCUCAUCGAAAGGCCCUCCAAGAAGGACGGCUUCUGCUUCAAGCUGUUCCACCCACUGGAGCAGUCUAUCUGGGCUGUCAAGGGUCCCAAGGGGGAGGCGGUGGGCUCCAUCACUCAACCCCUCCCAAGCAGCCACCUUAUCUUCCGCGCUGCUUCCGAGUCCGACGGCCGCUGCUGGAUGGACGCCCUAGAACUGGCGCUGAAGUGCUCCGGCCUGCUGAAGCGCACCAUGAUCCGGGAGGGCAAGGAGGAGCCGGGAUCCGGGACCGAACACUCCCACGUUCGCCUGUACGACCUGCUGCGCUCCAACAACCUGCAGGGCCAUGAGGGCUUCCACUUCAACGACAGCGAGCACUUCAAAGACCCGGACCUGUACUCUGACAAAUCGGACCGAGAGAAUGAGCAGGAGUCCGAGAACGAGGGGCUGGAGAAGAGUGAGGAGAGCGACAGCGACACGUCGGAGCGGCAGGACGACUCCUACAUGGAGCUGGAGCCCAUGGAGGCACUGCAGGAGACUCCCUACACGGAGCAAUCCCACGAGGAGCUGGGGGAGGCAGGCGAAGCUUCGCAGACAGAGACAGUAUCAGAGGAAAACAAAUCUCUGAUAUGGACCUUGCUGAAGCAGGUCAGGCCCGGCAUGGACCUAUCCAAGGUGGUGCUGCCCACGUUCAUCCUGGAGCCACGAUCUUUCCUGGACAAGUUGUCUGACUACUAUUACCAUGCAGACUUCCUGUCCGAGGCGGCUGUGGAGGAGAAUGCAUAUAAUCGGAUGAAGAAGGUGGUCAAGUGGUACCUCUCUGGGUUUUACAAAAAGCCGAAGGGCCUGAAGAAACCAUACAAUCCCAUCAUCGGCGAGACCUUCCGAUGCCUGUGGAUUCACCCCAAGACCAACAGCAAGACCUUCUACAUCUCUGAGCAGGUAUCCCAUCAUCCCCCAGUGUCAGCCUUCUAUGUGAGCAACAGGAAGGAUGGCUUCUGCCUCAGUGGAAGCAUCCUGGCCAAGUCAAAGUUUUACGGAAACUCCCUAUCGGCCAUUCUGGAUGGAGAGGCCCGGCUGACCUUCCUUAAUCGAGGGGAGGAUUACGUCAUGAACAUUCCAUACGCUCACUGUAAAGGAAUCUUAUAUGGGACCAUGACCCUGGAGCUGGGCGGCCAGGUCACCAUCAUGUGUGAGAAGACUGGCUACAGCGCUCAGCUGGAGUUCAAGCUUAAGCCCUUCUUGGGCAGCAACGACAGUGUGAACCAGAUCUCUGGGAAGAUCAAACUGGGGAAGGAGGUUCUGGCCACCCUGGAGGGCCACUGGGAUAGUGAGGUUCUCAUCAACGACAAGAAGACAUGCAUGGUGGAAACCUUCUGGAACCCCACACCGGAUCUGAGGAGAUGCCGGCUGACCCGGAGGACAGUGCCCCUCGAGGACCAAGGAGACUUCGAGUCAGAGAAGCUGUGGCAGCAUGUGACCCGGGCGAUCAACAACAAGGACCAAACAGAGGCCACCAACGAGAAGUUCCUCCUGGAGGAAGCACAGAGGAAAUCGGCGCGCGAGCGCAAGGCCAAGUGUGAGGCGUGGAUCCCAGGACUGUUCGAGCAGGACCCAAUCACAGGAGAGUGGCAUUAUAAAUAUGCCGACACCCGUCCCUGGGACCCCCUGAAUGAUUUGAUUCAGUUUGAGAAAGACGGCUGCAUCCAGACCAAUGUGCGCCACCGCACUCCCAUGGUACGUUCUGGCAGUGUAGUUAGUCUCAGUGUCCAAGGGGCCAGGAGAGACCAAUACAAAUGUCAGGUCACCGUGCCCAAGCGCAAACACAAGCAAGGUGAUGCAGCGAAGAGCAAAGUGAGUGGCGGCUCAUCCCCAGAACCCGAGCAUCACGACUCGUCCGGCAGCGAGAGACACAAGAGCAAACACAGCAGCCGCUUAAGAAAGAAAGGGGCGGACCUGAGUGAACUUCAAAGUGCCAUCGAAUCCAUAAAACGGACCCAGGAGGACAUUAACAGGAACAUCGCCACCCUGCGUGGCCUCCUGGCACCCGCGCACGCCCAUGCAGACGGCAGCGUCCUGCAGCACCGUGACUUCAUCCUGGUGAUCUUCCUCGUCCUGAUCCAGAUCGUCAUCAACUUCCUGUUCAAAUGAGGGCAGCCUGCAUUUACGGACUCGGACGUUUUGAAUGGGGCCUGGAAGGGGGAGGAGCCAGUGGUGGGACUAAAGUUGAUGAGCCAGUUUCUUGAGGCUUCAUUCCUGCAUGCCUGCAGGAUGAGGGCCUUGUCGUUCAGCAACAGCCAGGCCCACCUACAGGGGGCGCCACAAGACCACUCCUUUUUUUUAACCUUUUAAUUUCAAGUUUGUACAAUUACUGGGAAAUUUGUACAUUUUGAUGAUAAGGGGGGUGUGAAUCUGUUUGGAGUGACACAGUUUUCCUGUCAAGGUCAUUGAAUGAACUGAUGCCACCAUAACAGGACAGUAACUCUCUAACACAGUUUAAAUGUUUUUUCAACUCGUUUUUUAUUUUUAUUAUUACUUUUUUGGUAUUUUUACUACUUUCCAGUUGGUUCCCUGAGACGGGGUAUAAAAAGAGGAAAACGGUGGUCCAGCUUAUGAAGGAAAUUGCGUGGAAAAUGACUUUUAUAGUAAAACAAAUUGUGUAAGGAUAAUUUCAGUGGAAUUUCAUUAUACCCAUUUUUGACUGCCUGACCUGGUAAUGAAACAGAAACUCGUGUGGAGGUUUUAUGGCACGUACACAAUGGAACAGAAAAUGUAUACUAGUAUCCACAGGAAGUAUUAAUGCAACUGUAGGAAAUCCUACUGUUCAGACGCAAUGAAGGGAAAGCAAAAGAUGAAUGCAGAUAAAAGCAAUUUCUCAUACACGCUCGAAGUGGUCUCCAAUCUCUGUAGACUGCAAUACUGUAUCUACAACAGGCAUAGUGCAUUACAACAAAGUAGGAUAUGUACGUACUCAGUGAACAAGUGUGGUAGAUUUUUUUAACAGCCGUAUGUAUAGAACACUUCGUAAGGCCUUUGUCUGUUACCUUCACUCUCAUUAUUCUCACAAUUUGCUGUACUCACUGCAAUCCACAGAACUGUAGAAAUGCGAUCGCUUUUCAGUGCCUUGUUGUUUGGCUUUGGGGAGACAGCAGAGCGUGGACAACAUUGUGGAUUUGCUGUGCCAUAAGAAGCCUUGCAGAAAAGGUCUCGCUGCGCCAGUGUUCCCCAGCCCAGUACAUGGGAACCCCAUAUAGUUCACCUUUUAGUUCUCUCCCUGUUCAAUGUUCUACGAUUAGCUGGGAGCUGGGAGGAAGCAAAUAUGUGUAUGGUGUGGGGGUUCCCCAUGCACUGGGCUGGGAACACUGCGCUACGUGAUCGAGGCCCUGAUCUGCUUGAUCUGUCCCGUUCUUAUGUUCCGAUUUAGGCUUUACUUAUAAUAAUAAAACCACUAAGAAGGGUCCAUAGUCAGUCAUUUUCACUUUUAUAAAUGCAAUUUUAAUUUUAUAAGUCACUCAGCUGUCAUAAUUGUUUUUACAUUGGUUAUAGAAAUCAUUACAAUUUAUGACAACAUCCAUGUCUUGUACCACCAUAGCGGUGAUAUUUAUUUUCUAUGAUAAACUGGUUUCAAAGUUUUAACCUUAUCUGAAGCAAUCUGUAUCGCCAAAUAAAUAUUGACAUGGUCAUUAAUGGAUCAUAA